AUGAAUGAGAUGCAGGAGCCCGGAGAGGAGCUGCAAAGCCCCGGCGCACGGACCCCGACCCGGACCCCGGCCCCGGCCCCGGGGGCUCCAGCCCCGGUCCCGGGGGCUCCACCGGCCACUGCCCCGGCCAGGAGACGGUUCCCCAGGCUGGGCAGGAAGAGCAACGACGGCUUUAUGCAGUCAGACUCACCCACUGCCCCCCCCGGCCACCGGCCGGCCGACGGCGUGGUCAUCAGGCGGCCCAGCAAAGGCCGCAUCCGCCGGCAGGCCAACCGCCUGUCGGGGGUCUUCUUCCGCGGCCCCGCCCCCCCCCCGGGCCCCAUGGCGCUCUCCCCGGCCCCCAGGCCGUCCCGCUCCGUCCUGGCCAGGAAAGGAAGCAUGAUGGUGGUGGACCCUCUGCAGGCGGACGACCCCUUCGAGCUGUCCAAUCAGAUCACCGCCCCCGGGAUCCUGAAGAUCUUCGGGAACGAGAUCUGUGAGGGCGCCCACUAUAAGAGCGUCCUGGCCACGACUCUGUCCAGCGCAAAGGAGCUGGUCAAGGAGGCUCUGGAGCGGUAUGGACUGAGCAAGGAGGAGGCUGAGUCCUACGUCCUCUGUGACACCAUCGGCUCCAUCAGCAACCACCAGUGGAGCACGGAGGGCUUUCGGGUGGUGGGCGACCACGAGAAGCCCCUCCUCCUGCAGUCGCUAUGGAAACCCAGAGAGGGCUUGGCCAGGCGGUUUGAGAUCCAGAGGAGAAGCCUGGUGGAGGAGAAGACGUCCAAAGAGAAGGACACGGUGACGGCCGGUAUCAACGCCCAGGCCCGCAAGCUGCAGAAGAGCCGCUCCAGAGUGACCUCCACCCUGGUGGAGCGGAGCGCGGGCCGCGGUCAGAAGCUGUGGAGGAGCAAAAGCGAGAUGGACCUGCUGGACGCCGAGCCCCAAACUGACCCCGGUCAGCAGGAAGGAGCCGGAGGCCGGCGGGAGCAGCAGCCCAGCCCAGAACAGAACCGCAUUCACGGCCCGGGGGGGCUCCCCGAGGGGGGCGGCGGGCCGGGGGCCCACACAGAGACCCUCUGUGUGUCCAGGCCGGGGGGCGAGCGAGAAGGAGAGGAGUCGGAGAGAGAGGAGACGGAGAGCAGCGACGAUAACUCCACACAGUACUCCAUUCACCCCCCCAACGACUGUCCAUACCUGCUGCUGCUGCAGGGCUGCAGCCUCACACAGGACUUUGUCAUCUACCUGCUGGCCGCCCCGAACAUUGUCGUGGGUCAGAAGAACCGGACCGGUGAGGGCGGUGAGGAGGCCGACGUCCUCCUCUCGGCCGCUGACCUCCUCCCGAGGCACUGCUCCUUCCACCGGCCGGCGGCGGGGGCCCCCGUCCUGCUCUGCCCCUGGGAGGGGGCCGCCGUCACCCGGAACGGUCAGCUCCUGAAGACCAGCGUCCAGCUGGCCCCCGGAGACGACGUGGGCGGCGUGGCCCCCGGGCCCGGCCCCUGGACCCUGGGCGACGGCGUCACCAUGGCGACGGCGAGCCUGGCCGCGGACGCGCUGCUCUGCGACAGCUGCGUCUCGAACCGCCACAGCCAUUGGGAGGGCCAGAGACGCGGGGCCCCCCCGGCUCUCACGUCCCCCGAGGGCCGGCCCCUGACCCUGGACUUCGCGGCUGAGGACGGCGGCCGGGUGGUCAGGGAGGCGGUCGCCAUGGGCGGCGGCGGCGGCGGGCCGGCGCUGACCGCAGCCGUCCUGCUGUGCGCCUGCGUCCAGCACGCCGCCGCCCACCACCACACCCCCGAGCUGCGCCGCCUGCUGCUGCAGGUCGCCGGGGGGGUCCAGAGCGCCGUGUGGGAGCACACUAAGAACCUGGCCGCCGCGCAGCCUGAAGUGCUCAGCGGGGAAGUCUCAGUCCCCGAGGAGCUCCAGGUGCUCAGUCUGCAGGAGCUGAUGUCCGGGCUGCACCCCCUGGUGGUGUGGAUGUCAAACAGCCUGGAGAUGCUGCAGUUCAUUCAGCACCAGCUCCCCGUCGUCCUGGAGUGGAGGCACCGGGCGGAGCGGGGGCGGGAAGAGGAGUGGGCAGAUAGCGACAGCAAGGAGAUGGAGAACCUGGUGCUGCUGGAGCUGUGUCUGUCCUCCGUGCGCUCGGCCAGUGAGGAAACCAUGGCCGUCCUGGAGGAGGUCAUCAUGCUGGCCUUCCAGCAGUGUGUCUACUACAUUACCAAGUUCCUCUACCCGGUCCUGCCGGGCCUUCUGGACUGCGACCCGUUCAGGGAGAGCGACGGGGCGCCCGGCGGCGGCGGCGGCGGCGAGCUGCGGGUGCCCGGGGAGAUCCGGCAGGUGGUGGAGGUCCUGGACGAGAGCUGGACGCUGCUGUCCGACUGUCAGGUCCACCCGGAGAUCUCCGCCCAGCUCCUGGGAUACCUCUUCUACUUCAUCAACGCCUCGCUCUUCAACUCCCUCAUGGAGAGA